AUGCUGAAUAUACAAGUUGCAAGUAGUGAUGAUGAGCUAGAACCAUAUUACUCUACUUCUAGCAAUUAUGCUACCUCAGCUUCUGGAUAUUAUAUUGAUCCUACUUCAGAUAGUGAUAAUAAGACAGGUGAAAACAUUUUAUCACAAAACUUUAAAG